AUGCUACUCUUCAAUCAACCAGAAAAAGCUAUUGAUUCUAAAUCCAAGGCUGAAGAUAACCGAGUUGACAGUUUGAAGCAAAUUAUUGAUGAUGUUCCACAGAAGAUGGCAGUUGAACAACCAAAGGGGGAGGGUUCGUCUCCACCAAAUAAUCAGGUUUCAUCAUUUCAAGGGCAGAAUCCAUCAUCACAAUCAUCAAGUUCAACCGAAAGUCAAAAUGAAGGGGAGGGUUCUGAUCUAGAAAUUGAACUCGUGUCAUCAUUCGAGGGGGAGAAUACAAAUGCUAAUGAUGAUGAUACACAAUCAUUAUUUGAAGAAGAAAUCAAUGCAGAACUAGAUCCCACUUGUGAUACAAAUUACCCUCCUCUCAUUAAAUGGACCAAAUAUCAUCUUCAAAGUCAAAUCAUUGAGGAAUCGUUUGUAAAGACCUUCGGUCCAGUUGCAAGAUUAGAAUCAGUUCGAAUCUUUCUUGCUGAUGAUGUACACAAGAAUUUUGAAGUCUAUCAAAUGGACGUGAAGUGGGCCUUUCUCAACGGGGAACUUGAAGAAACUAUGUACGUAGAGCAAUUGCCUGGCUUCAUGAACGAGAAGCAUCUAGAUCACUGCUAUAUUUUGGACAAAGCAGUAUCUGGUCUGAAGCAGGCUCCCAGAGCAUAG